AGAUGUCUUUUAGACAUGCGUGCUGUAUGGGUACAUGGCUUCGUGCGACACACAAAUGGAUGACACAAGAUAUAUCGUUGCGGAAUUUAAAGACGGCCUUCAGUUGAUCCCUGCAUUAUGGUUCAACGGCGAUACGUCUACAAGUAUUUGGCCUAGCCAUUUAAAGACAAAACAACGUAUAAAUAAAGCUAUAAUGACAAGAGAGGUUCCUAAAGAACACACCGAUUGGGAAGAGCUGCCAGUGAAUAAAGUUUUCGGCACGGCAAGUAAUUAUGCAGAAGGUUUGCAGAAAUUAUGUCUUGCAGAAGAUACAUCAAAUGUUGAUGAAACGGGUAUGUCAUCAUCUGAAAUACGAGAACGCGAAAAACAGAGAAGGCGUAAAAAAGCCAAAAGACGUUUAUCAUCUUCUGGAGAUGAAUCAUAUUCUGAUAAAGAAAAUGAUACUCGAUACAAACUGCCUGUUCUUCCCAAAAAACAACAGUUUGUAUCGACAAAAUGUCAUGAGAUAUUGAGGACAUCUGAAGAAGAUACCAGCAAUAUAUUCGAGAACGCGUUAUUUAAUAAUGGCAGAGAUAAUAGUAAGAACAAGGCAAGUGUUAAAAAAAAUGGUAACAAAUCGUUUACACAAACUACAGUCUCACCUAUUGAAGAUCAUGUCCUCUGUACUGAUGAAUCGAAGACAGCAAUGUUUAGCAAAUUAAAUAGAAUAUUAUAUAAAUUAGAUAGCAUUGAAAAUAAGGUCGAUAUAUGCACGGCGAAGUUACAAUCUGCAAAUAAAACAUACAAUGAACAAAGAAGCGACAUUCGAUUACCGAUACGUACAUUAUCACAGUUAACAUUGUUUGAAGAACAAUUGCAAGACGUAACAUUCAAGGAAGAUGUGCUUCACACAUUUCAACUCAUUGGAGGACAUAAUGUGCAUGUCAUGCUACGAAAUGUAUUAAAAACAGCAAUUGCAGAUACUUUAGUUACACAAUUUAAUUGGAAUGGCAGGAAAAAUAAGAGAUGUUUCAAAGACUUAGAAGUUACAAAACUUAUUAUACAAGCUAUUCGUAUAUCCUAUACCGCAACAACAGAUAAAGAUAUUGCAGAAUAUGUAUCUAAAUGGUUAGCACAAGCGUCUGUGCGUAUUGCAAGGCUAAAAGAAGGAGAAAAGGAAUCUCAUGAUGAUAAAUAACACAGGCAUAUAUUAUCUAUUAUAUAUCUACAUAGUUCUUUCGUAUGUGUUCACUACUUCCUAUAUAUGUUCAUUCGCACAUUUUUCUUUUGUUGUACUACGAAAGCAGAUACAUUUUAUGUUUUUACUUUAUACAUGUACAACGUGAGUACGUUAAUAAAGGGUAAUAACCGUUUAGCACACGAGAGGCCAGUAAGCAAUUGUAAUAUCUAUGCGCGGCGCAGACAACACUGCGUACCGACCACUCGUAUGGUAAACAGUUGUAACACUUUUGACGUACUCACCUUGUAAUUUAUUACAUUUAGUACUCAAACAGUUUCUGCUUUCCUAUUUAAACGUAAUUUUUGUUCUAUAUUUCUAUUUUAUUUUAUGUAUCACUUUGCAUAUUUUGUAUGACCAAAGAAGGCAAUUUUUGUUUUAUAUGUAUCCUUCGUUAUAUUUACCCAAACAACACAGAAGCUUACAGUAACAUUGUAACAAUGUUAUUAUAACGUAAUAACGUUGUUAUAAUGUUACUGCAUGCCUGCAGUAACUUCUGGUAUUGUGUGAGUAUAUAUACUGCUUUUCGAUUUAAACACGACUUAUUGUUCUAUACUAUUUUAUAUUUAAUUUUGCAUUGUUGCGCAACCAAAGAGAAGGCAAUUUGUUUUUGUUUUAUAUAUAAUAUAUAGAGACGAGUAUUUCAUUUUUGUUUAUAUACAUUGUUUAUAACAUGUUGCGUACAGCAUUGAUAGACGUUUUAUACCUGUAUAUGGGUCUAUGUACAAUAUAUGCAGUAUUGCAUGUCUUCGCAUAUUGCUGAUAUUCAACCAAUAAUUAAAGAGUAAGCUUUA